UUCCUUGGCACAGAAAGAGAAAGGGCCGUAAGUUUGAAGUCUUAAAAAAAUAAUGAGCUACUGGCAGACACCUCUGUCUAAUCAAGAGAACCCCCAUGAGGAAAAGCCGCCUCUGCCACCAAGAACCGAUAAAAUUCAAAGAGCGCCUGGCCAACUACCUGAACUCCCUCCGAGACACCCUCAAACGGUCGGCACCGUACAACUACCACCAAGGCCUAAUUCGACGGGGACCCCUGGCCCAUCUCUACCUCCUAGAACCAAAGCGAAACAAUCACCGAGUCUUCCCAACAGGGAAGGAAAGACCGAAAAUUUAUCUUUUUCUGCCGUACAGCCAAACACAUUUUCUUCGAAUAUGUCACCCCCAACGUUGCCGGCUUAUCCGACAUAUCUCCAACAACCCCAACAAAGUUUUUCCAGCCCGCCGCCCCCUCAAGCUGAUUCGACAGAUGAACAAGAUCAAAUCGCAGCCUUCAGAACCUCUGCUCAAGCAAAAGUUGGGUCUUUCCUCUCUCACCAAGCGCUCGAUACAAACAAACAGUCCGAAGUAGGCAAAUACUUGUCUGCUCAGUCCGAUAACCCAGUGCUGGCUAAGGCCUGCACCAAUCCAGCCGUUCAACAAUACGUUGGACGACAAAUAUCAAAACAGGCCCAAGACCCUGAAGUUCAAAAAAAGGCUGGCAAUCUUUGUGUGGAUAUGGCAAAAUCCCAAUUCAAAAAACAUCUGUAGAUUGAUCUCCUUUGAAUUUGACAUGUGACAGCUAAAGGCGCCUAUUGCGUCGCCUGUACGGCUGACUCAAUGCUAACUUUUUAGAAACACAUGUACCGCCUUUCUGAGGCACUGCUUGCGUACGCUUCGCAUCCAAUCGGGAUGAUUGGAUGUAGCGCCUCUCUCGAACAAAAAAAAAACUGUUUGCGCACGUACGAAGGAUCCAGUUGAGAGUAUUUUCACCGAUCCUUAUGCUGCGCGCCCUACGUGCAUUCGCGAGUAAGUCGCGCUCAAUCAGACCUUAAUUUUGGACACACAUACGGCAUUACGACUGAUCUUGUAUGUAACACGCAGAGCAAGCCAAACGAGUGCCUUCCCAACGAACAAUACUGAGAAUUGAAAACUGAUGAGAAAAAGCAAAUUAUUACGAAAAAAAUCCAAAUUCUUUUGUUUUUUUUUUUGAAAUCAAUCUUCUCUAAGGCCUCAUUUGCGUGCACCUCUUUACCCUUUUUAAUGGAAACUGCUCAAAACAACAUUUCAGCAGCCCCUCCUCAAUACAUGGAUCAUGCACCAGUGAAUUCUAGAUCGACCUUUGGCGACUCCACUAAAUUAAUUACGUCGUAUCUGACAGACACAGUUAGUUCGUGGAAGUCCGAACGCAUGAAAAACUACAGAAAUUUCUCUUCAUUUUUCGAUCGAAACAGGAUUUCAUUGCCUAUACCUGCAGAAAUAUACCAUCGAGCUCGAACCAAUUUAAUAUAUUUUCAAACCAAUUACCUAAUUAUAUGCGCAACUGUAGUUGCUUAUUAUGGAUUGUCUAGGCCGAGCUUCCUUCUGUGGAUUACCGCCAUCUCUAUUGGCUGGUUCUAUAUGUUCUACUAUAAAACGUCUAUCACCCUGUAUAACUAUGAAGUAUCUCGAAAAAUAUAUAUAGGUGGUGUCAUUUUAAUAACUCUUCUAUUGAUUUAUUAUUCGUCGAUGGCCAGCUAUUUCCUCUGGACCGUAUCCGUUUGUUUGCUGUUUAUCGGUCUUCACUCGCUUUUGUACACGCCUGUCGAAUACGACGAAUUUGGAUUCGAGGGCGGGCUCCCGAGCACAAUGCCCGGGAAUGAUCAAGAUCCCAAUCCUUGACACAUGUCAAACAAUAGGGGAAUAUGUGUGCAAUUCAAAAUAAAUAAAUUCAGUUUUUAUAGCUGUUUUCAUUAUCAUUUGUGUUGCCAGAGCACGUCUUUCUCCAAUUGUGUAUCUCGCGUCGUCAGCUGUUGAUUUGUGCCAUGGCUCAGUCCCAAAAACUGAGAAAUUGCGACGUACUCACUGAACAGCAGAGCCAAACAUACAUCAGAAAUUUGCUGAGGGCCGGACUGUCCUGCAUUUUCUAUUUAAGGGGCAUCUUCGAAGAGAAUCAUUUUAUUGACAAGAACCUCUGCGGGAUCAACAUCAAGGCGCUUUUGCCCAUCGACAGAGAUGCCAUUACGUUGACACAGUGGGUCGAAGCGGGCGUUUUCGACGCCCUGCAGCACAAAUACUUAAAGACUAUUAUAUUUGGCGUCUAUUUGGAUGCUGACAACGAGGAUACCAUGAUUGAAUCUUAUAUGUUUCAUAUCAGCUAUCCGUCUAAGAAUUCGUUUGACAUUUCGGUUGAAAAGAAUGGAACUGGUCGAAGCGGUCAUUGCAUUUCUGCAGUUGCCACCCCGACGAAGGAGGACAUCAAGCAGGCUACUACAUUGUUGAUUAGGCGUUUGUUGUCUCUUACGCAGACCUUGCAGCCGCUUCCAAAGGAGAGGCACAUGGUGAUGAAGUUGCUCUAUUAUAGCGACGUGACGCCUAGGGAUUAUUCCCCUCCAUUUUUUUCCACGAGAUUUGGGUUGAGUCCGAUUUCGGAGGUUCAAGCUGAGGAUUAUACCGUUGGCAGUGUGAAUACGCCUUAUCACACUUUGACGUUUACGCUUAGGUCGUCGAUGGAUGUCUUGCAGGGGUCGCCGAAGAAGGCGUUAAAGGCGAGUCCCGCGAGUGCUCGAUCUGGCCAGGAGAAAUGCGUCGGAGUUGCCGAGUCUCCUCGAGAGGGCCGAAAGCGUGAUACAAGGUCGUCGAGUCUGGAUUUGUCGGUAGAGGGGAGUCGACAUGCGGGGGGCGAUUUUUGCUCUACUCAAGACAGCGAGGAUACGAUUGAUGGAACGCAGGCCUCAUUGAACGUUUCCGUUCACGUGCCGGCGUCUCAAUUGGACGAGGAUGUGGUUUUUCCGCUCCGUCCGCAAAGGGCAUCGAGGGUCGGCGACAAGUCAAAGGAUUUCGGUCUGCAGAAGCCUGCAAGGCGCGCUAGUACGAGAAGGGGGUCGUCUCGACAUGGAGAGAAGGUUGUGUUAGACCAUAGGUGCUCUAAAGUCUUUGUCGCUCCUGUUCUUGACAAAGGAAGAAAUUCAGGGUUGACGUGACUGUUCCCUGAGGUGUCAUCCGCCU